AUGAUCCACACAGAUAUGCCACCGCUAAAUAUUCCAUCGUCGAGCGACGACAUCUCCGUGGACGACAAGCCAGCUCUUGCCACUGGCCACAUCGACAUCGAUCCAAUCCAUAAGGCUGCUAGCGAAGCCGACGAUGUACAUUCCACCGCGUUGACCUUCGUCGUAGAUCUCAUCCCGGAUGUCGAGGACACGAAGGACGUGACCUACCUAGGCGAUGCAGCGGCACCGAUCUCAGAGGAAGAUGAGGUUAAAUGCGAAGUCGCGGCCGAAUGCACACCACCGCAUUCCGCAUCUGAGAGCAAUGAGUCCUGCGCCGCGGUAGACGUGGAUUGCCCACCAGGUCUGGAGCCUCCACUACCCUCUCCGAGUCCUUGUCCCGCGAACACCGCCUCUGCUACCAACGCCGAUAUCGAGAUACCAACCGAGGGUCCUGUGCAUUCCGGGGCUACCAUCCACAUCGAACUGGACGAUCUCCUCCAUCUCGAACCGUCGAUCUUUCAAGAGGAUCCCACACUCUACUCCCUAGACGGGGUCGAACCCCUGGAGACCUUCAUCCCCGAUGCGCUCCUGCCAGACGACCUCCUCGUCCACGAUCAGCAAAACAUCACCGGCAUGUGCGACCCCGUCCACCCCUCCAUCCCCGUGCGCUACGUGCGCGUCCUCCCCAAGUCGCCUGGCGACACCACGGGCGCGCGGAACGCCUAUCUCGCGCGCGACUCCGAGAAGCCGGUUCGCGUCGCGCAUCUCUAUCUGAGAAACAUGAACCGACUAGGCACGGGGAGCCAUUCGACUGUAUACCGCGCACCGCUGGAGCUGCGCCUCGAUCCGGACUCGCAGGAGCGCAGCAGGGUGAGCGUCGCGGUGAAGGCAGCGGGAAGCCAGUGUGGCUCGCAUGCGAUGCUGCAAGAAGAGGCCCGGAUCUACAGCACGUUUCCGCGGCGUCUCAUGGAGGAGAGCGACUGCAUUGUCGACAAGAACGCUAUGGAUGCGGGUAAUGUAGAAGAGGGACAUUCGGACGCACCACAGCCGCCUACAUCAACCGCAGAGCCAGCCGAAGUAACCGACGGGUUAAGCCAUCUUCCACCAGUCGUGCCCAAGUUCUUUGGGCACUACUCUCCGCUCGACCUAGUCUAUGGCGAGACGUCCUUCCGCUACCAUGAAGAUUGCUACCGAGAUUCCCGCUGCACCGUCAAGUGGCACACACGCCUCCUGCUCAUGGAAGAAUGCGGCCAGCCAAUCGACGUAGACGAGAUGGAACUAGAGCAGCGCGAGGCGUGCUAUAGGCUUUUUGAGCGUCUCCACGCGGAGAACUUCGUGCAAGGCUCCGCAUUCGCGCGCAACUUGCUCACGCAGCCAGGGCCCCUGUCCCUCCCGCGUGAGGAGCGGUCGAGCGCAAGUCCGAGCUUCCGGAUCGUUGACUUUGGGCGCGGCAACGGGUUCUCGAUUACGAGCAGAGAGCGGAGAGAGAGCUCCGAGAGCGGCUGA